GCCCUUACACAGGGACGGAGGAGGAGGACAGUUGCUGUGUGACAGUAGAAAAAGCAUGGAUGACGCUAUCCUGAAGGGAUCACAUAGAUGCUGUCACUUGACUGGUUUGAAAUGGGUUUGAUAUUUUUACAAAGAAAACAGUAUAUUUUUUAACCAAUCCAUUCACGUAACUAGAGACUGUUGAUGUUACUGUUUUGCAAAAGAAAAUGUCAACUUCAAGUAGUCUUUCAAAAAGAACAGCAGUCUGGUAAAAUCGAAAUAUAAAAGGGAAAUAAUUUCGGAGAUCGCCUAGUGUAAACUAAUCAUAAUGUAUCCACGAGGACCAGAAGAUGCUCGAAUUUCUAUACCUCCCGGGUGCAUUUUCCGUGGUCGUGGACCCUCUUCAACUGCCAUCCGCGGGGGUCGCUUCCCUUUCCGCCCCUCUUAUGUAAUCAAUGAAUAAGACGAAUGUUUCAAGCCAGGGUUCAUUUUUUUAUCGGAAGACAUCCACCACCAGUGUGAUACAGUCGGGGCUGCACGGACAAUGUGCAGCAGAUAUUCUAUCUUAAACAAGACGUGUGUUUACGAUGAUGGGACCGCGGACACCGACAGAGCCAGACGCAACCAUGAGCCCGCUGCGUCGAUCCUCGAGAUCCCAUGGUGACAGGUCUGACUCCACGGAGACCCUCCAGAAGAACAACAGCAGCAACAGUGGAGUUAUUCUGGACAUCUCAGCCCUCAAGUUGGAGGUGGACUCUGAGGUCCCUCCUCUACCGCCCCGCUACCGCUUCAGGGACCUGCUGCUGGGGGACCAGUCCUUUCAGAAUGACGACAGGUAUCAGGAAGAGUACAGUAUGGACUCUACCAACGCCCAGGUUCAGGUGGAGUUCUAUGUGAAUGAAAACACCUUCAAGGAGAGGCUCAAGCUGUUCUUCAUCAAAAACCAAAGGUCAAGCCUGAGGAUCCGUCUGUUUAACUUCUCCUUGAAGCUGUUGACUUGUGCCCUAUACGUCCUCAGAGUGUCUCUGGACGAUCCCGAACAGGUCACUGGUGUAUGUGUGAACUGUCAGAACCGAACAAGCACCACAGCAGAAUCUACAGAAAGCACCGAAAUCAACUGGGAACUGAUUUUCUGGGUGAACAGAAGGGUUCCUGUAUGGGCGAUACAGGUGAUCGUGGCCUUAAUCAGUUUCCUGGAAGCCAUGCUCCUUACAUAUCUCAGCUACAAAGGGAACAUCUGGGAGCAGAUGUUCCAGAUCUCCUUCAUCCUGGAGAUGAUCAAUACCGUGCCGUUUAUAAUCACUAUCUUCUGGCCUCCAUUGAGAAACAUCUUCAUCCCAGUGUUUCUCAACUGCUGGUUAGCUAAGUGUGCCCUGGAGAAUAUGAUUAAUGAUCUCCAUCGUGCCAUUCAGAGGACCCACUCGGCCAUGUUCAACCAGGUUCUCAUCCUCAUCUGCACCCUACUCUGUCUGGUCUUCACUGGGGCGUGUGGUAUCCAGCAUCUUGAGAGAGCAUCCAAUCAGAACCUGACUCUGUUCAACUCUCUGUAUUUCUGCAUCGUCACCUUCUCUACCGUGGGCUACGGUGACGUCACACCUCAUAUCUGGCCCUCUCAGCUGCUGGUGGUUAUUCUCAUCUGUGUGGCUCUCGUGGUCCUCCCGCUACAGUUUGAGGAGUUGGCCUAUCUGUGGAUGGAGCGUCAGAAGUCAGGAGGGAACUACAGCAGACACCGUGCCCAGACAGAGAAACACGCCGUCCUGUGUGUCAGCUCUCUGAAGAUAGACUUGCUCAUGGACUUCCUCAAUGAGUUCUACGCUCAUCCUAGAUUACAGGACUACUAUGUGGUGAUCCUGUGCCCUACGGAGAUGGACAUCCAGGUGCGUCGUGUCCUCCAGAUCCCCCUGUGGUCCCAGAGGGUCAUCUAUCUCCAGGGGUCAGCGCUCAAAGACACAGACCUCAUGAGGGCCAAGAUGGAUGAUGCAGAAGCCUGUUUUAUCCUGAGCAGUAGGAAUGAGGUGGACCGCACUGCGGCUGACCACCAGACCAUCCUCAGAGCCUGGGCUGUGAAGGACUUUGCCCCAAACUGCCCCCUGUAUGUCCAGAUCCUCAAACCAGAGAACAAAUUCCAUGUGAAGUUUGCUGAUCACGUAGUCUGUGAGGAGGAAUUCAAGUUCGCCAUGCUGGCCCUGAAUUGUGUGUGUCCAGCCACAUCCACACUGGUCACACUCCUGGUGCACACUUCCAGAGGACAGGAAGGCCAGCUGUCUCCAGAACAGUGGCAGAGGACGUACGGACGGUGCUCGGGGAACGAGGUCUACCAUAUCCGCCUCUGUGACAGCAAGUUCUUUGGGGAGUAUGAUGGGAAGAGUUUCACAUAUGCCUCCUUCCACGCACACAAGAAGUAUGGUGUGUGUCUGAUUGGGGUGAAGAGGGAGGACAACAAGAGCAUCCUGCUGAACCCUGGUCCUCGCCACAUCAUGGCUGCCCCAGACACCUGCUACUACAUCAACAUCACCAAGGAGGAGAACAGCGCCUUCAUCUUUAAACAGGAGGAGAAGGACAACAAGGGCCUGCCGGUGGCCGGGCUGUACGAUGCCCCCUCCAGGCUGCCUGUACACAGCAUCAUCGCCAGUAUGGGGACGGUCGCCAUGGACCUCCAGAACCCGACGGACCCCCCAGAGGACAGCAGCAAGCUGACCCUGCCCACAGAGAACGGGUCUGGAAGCAGACGGCCCAGCAUCGCCCCCGUCUUGGAGAUCGCUGACUCCUCCUCCAUCCUGCCCUGCGACCUGCUCAGUGACCAAUCAGAGGACGAAACCAACCAAUCAGACGAGGAGAGCUCGUCGGUGUCCGAUUUUGUGAAAGGAUAUCCUCCCAACUCGCCCUACAUUGGCAGCUCUCCAACCCUGUGCCAUCUCUUACCCCAGAAAGCCUCGUUCUGCUGCCUUCGUCUGGACAAGGGUUGCAGGCACAACAGUUUUGAGGAUGCCAAGGCCUAUGGUUUUAAGAACAAGCUGAUCAUAGUAUCUGCAGAGAUGGCAGGGAACGGCCUCUAUAACUUCAUCGUCCCUCUGCGGGCCUACUACCGCCCCAGGAAAGAGCUCAACCCUAUCGUUCUGCUAUUAGACUACCCGCCUGACAACCACUUCCUAGAAGCCAUCUGCUGUUUCCCAAUGGUCUACUUCAUGGCCGGAACAAUAGAUAACCUGGACAAUCUUCUGCAGUGUGGCAUCAUCUAUGCUGAUAACCUGGUGGUAGUGGACAAGGAGAGCACCAUGAGUGCUGAGGAGGACUAUAUGGCAGACGCCAAAACCAUAGUCAACGUACAGACCAUGUUCAGGCUGUUCCCCAGUCUUAGUAUCAUCACUGAGCUGACCCACCCCUCCAACAUGAGAUUUAUGCAGUUCAGAGCUAAGGACUGCUAUUCUCUGGCUCUCUCCAAACUAGAGAAGAUAGAGCGUGAUAAGGGUUCCAACCUGGCCUUCAUGUUCCGUCUGCCGUUCGCUGCAGGCAGAGUGUUCAGUAUCAGUAUGCUGGAUACGCUGCUCUACCAGUCAUUUGUGAAGGACUAUAUGAUUCCCAUAGCAAGACUUCUACUAGGCCUGGACACCACACCAGGAUCAGGUUACCUGUGUGCAAUGAAGGUGACAGAGGAGGACCUGUGGAUCAGGACGUACGGCAGGUUGUUCCAGAAGCUGUGUUCCUCCAGUGCUGAGAUUCCUAUAGGCAUCUACCGUACAGAGUCUCACAUGUUCCCCUCUUCUGAGUUAAAGGAUGGGUACCCACAGUCUCAAGUCUCCAUCAAUGUAGAGGACAUCGGCGGUGACGAUCAGAGGGACAACAGAAGCGAGUCAUGGAAGGAGAAGACCAGAACACACCGGAUGUCCACCACCAGCGAAUCAGAACACCCGUUACUGAGGAAGAAGAGCCUCCAGUGGGCGCGGCGUCUGAGCCGUAAGAACACCAAACCUCCAAGCCGCACAGAGCGGUUCUCACAGCAGCGCCUCAACCUGUACCGGCGCUCAGAGAGACAGGAGCUGUCUGAGCUGGUUAAGAACCGCAUGAAGCACCUGGGACUGCCCACUGUCGGAUAUGAGGAUGUUGCUAAUCUUACCGCGAGCGAUGUCAUGAACCGAGUAAAUCUAGGAUAUUUACAAGAUGAGAUGAACGACCACCAGAACACUCUUUCCUACGUUCUCAUCAACCCCCCUCCAGACACCAUGCUGGAGCUCAAUGACAUUGUGUACAUUAUCCGGUCUGACCCUCUGGCGGGCCCUAAUGUGCCAGAGGAUCCAGCCCAAGGGCAGAGCAGCGGUGGUGGCCGGAUGAGGCAAGACUUUGGCACUGAGACCAGGGACGAGACCCACCUCUGAAACUCCCUCACCUCCCCCCGAUUGCCAACC